UAGAUCUCCUUUUACACUGACAUAAUUUUAAGUUGCCAUUAUUGCUGCGGAAGAAAAUGGCCGAAAGAGAGGAAUUGAGUGAUGCUGAUUCACCAUGUACAUUAAUCAAAGAACUGACAGAAAAUCAAAGCAAUUCAAGUGAAGAUGGAGAGAGGCAAGCUCUUUGGGAUGCCUGCCUGGACUUUGACCUUCCAUAUUCUGUGUCUGGCCCUUUCUAUAUUCCUGGUGGUGUUGGAGAAUCACCCUCCAUUGAGGAAGAACAAACGUUCUCCUUCAUUCAGGGUAAUAAUCCUGAAGAUAGACAGGAGGAAGAUGACUACAUCACUUGUCUAACACAAUUAUCUAGAACCGUAGCUAGCGACUUUCUCCAACAACCACAGACUGAACUCUCUGUAGUGACUGAUGCUGUUUGCUACAUACAACACCUAGCCUCUCUGCUGAGGGAGGACUUCACAUGUCUACGGGACCCCUCUUCUGUUGACAAUUACAGCGACGGUUCUUCUACACGCUCCUCUGACAGUCCCCCUCAUGUCUUUAACUUUGCCCAAACUAAUGGUUUCCACUUCUCUCCAGAGCAUGAAUCUUCCAGCUGGAUACCUGAUGUUCAUCCGCUGCUUUCCCCAUCUCCGAGUCAAGAUGACAAGUUUGCCAUCAAGGCUUUGCAUCCAUUAAAAUUACAACAUUUACACGACACUACUGAAACUACAUCACUUCAGUCAAUCACCCAGUCCUCGUCCAAAAUUCAAAACCUCAUUAAUGAGUCUGAAACUGUCAGUCAAAGCAUGUUUGAUGCCUGGACAAGCCUUAAGCUGCGACAGAAACAAUCACAUUGCAACUUUGGCACAGGUUGUAAUGUCCAGGAUCAUGGGGAAGGUGGAGAUUGUAUCAGCAAAGCCUCUUCUGCACUGGAAAGUCGAGGGAAGAACAUUGCAGCAGUACUAGAUUGUGACAUUCAUGUUGAGAGGAACGGAAGUAACGAGGAUCUGAACAAAGCACUGGAAAUAGGAACAUCAGGCAGCAGGUUUGGUCUUGUGCAAGAAAAUAUCGGCAGCGAUUUGAGUUCAACACUAGAUGACAAUGCUAGUUUUUAUGGGCAAAGACUUACAAAUUGUCGAAAUGAUUUUAGUCAUAUACUCAACAAUAGAAGUGACAAUGUGGACAAUCCUGACUAUAGUGCCAGUCUAGAUAAUUGUGACAGGUUUGAGGAAGACCUUGCAUUUCACCUGGAUGAAGAGGCAUUUGGUGACAAUCAAGAUACUGAUGAGGUGUCCAUGAUGGAACAGUUUUCCCGAGAGUAUCCAGCAUUAGCCUCAGUUCUUCUAGAACAAUCCAAGGAAGGUUUGGGAUCACAUUGGAGAGAGGCAAACACAGAAUUCAAUUUGGCAACACAGACACUGGAGGCGGACUCGACCACCACUAGUUUUCAGAAAUCUAAAACUUGUCCAAAGUUUUGUCGGACAGCUCAGGGAAACACUUUUAGAGUUUUAAAGAAGAGUUCUAAAGGACCAAAGCGACCAAAGAAUGGUUUUAUCCGGUUUUCUGUGGAACAGAGGCGAUUGAUGGCAGACGAACACCCACGUUUGGACAACAGGGAAGUGUCUCGUAUGCUUGGAGCAAAGUGGAGGAAGAUGUCUUACGAUGAACGACAGCCUUAUGAGCUAGAGUUUAAGAAGGACAUAGAGGACCUGAGAACUAGUAAUCCACAAUGGCGCUAUGCUCCACUGAAGCGACUCAGCCAUGACCAGAUUGAACCCAUGCCCAGUCGACUACGACCUCGGGAGACCCUCAAGAGGAAGUUCCAGCCAUUGAAGAGAGGGUCUGGAAGGAAGAGAGUCAAACGGUCAACAAACUCAAUAGCACAGAAAUUGUGCUUUCCUUUUCGACUGUAUCCAGACAAAGCUGAUGGCCAGUACCGGUAUUUGUCCGAUGAGACCGACAGUUGCCCGAAAUCUGAUACACCUGCCAUCAAACCAGCCCCCACACCAAUUCCUACACCCGACACACACCUCCGUAUGCCUGCUGUUCGCAUCACUGAGGAAAUCAACACACCGACACAAUACAUACUGUACCGGGCUCCAUCCUGGUGAUAGGAUGAUAGAAAACUUCUAUAGACUGUUGGUUCUAGUCAUAAUCUUGUUGAUACAUAUUUCAUGAUGAGACACUAUUGAAUAUUGAUUUCUUUGCAAUACUAUCACGGGACACUUAAGUUAGCCAUUGGUAUAGAUAUUAAGAUACCAUCCUGGUGAUAUGACGAUGGAUCACUAUUACCCAUUGAUUCUAAUGAUAUUGCAUGUGAGCUGAUAACCUGUAUACUUGGUAUUUUGUUGAUUUUUCAUUUUAGCCUUCACUUCUCUUGAUCACUUAUUGUUUGCGUAAUAAAAUGUAACUUAAAAGUUAUUUUUGACAGUCUUAUCAUAUUUUAAUUAUGUUGUAGACAAUAUCAAAAAUGUUUUUGAUAUUUGUAUGUUAAGUUCUUGUUAUGUAUCACCUAUGCAUUAAUGAAUUGAAUAUCAAAGUGCUUCAUUUUAAAAUUAAUGAUUUCUCACUAUAACAUAUAUUUCUGAAUUGAAGUCACAACCAAUCAUGAUUAUUUUGUUACUCUGUAAUAUUAAAACAAUUUGAAGGAAAUAUUGGUUAUGUUUGUAAUUUGUUGUUGGUUCAUCCCACUGUAGAAUCUUUUAACACCAGCUGUGUAAGGCACAUGAUGAAAUAAAACAAGAUUUACUUUUCCUUUUAUGAGCAUCGGAUAUGAAUCAUGUAGUAAGGUGUCAUUUUCUUCCCACCAUGCUUGUAGCUGUGUUU